AUGGUGAUGGCAGACCCUGAACCCGUGUACCUUCAGCUCUGCCGGCAGCCAGCUGUGCCAGAGAGGCCUCUGGGCCUCAGCCCCAGACACCAAGAAACACCAAGAAACACCAAUACACCGACCUCUCAGAGCAUCAGCCACUGGCAGGGAGUGUGGAGAGGGGAGGUGAACAGCUCUGGCUCCUACACUGUGGUUAUCAUCCCGCUUAAGACCAGUCUGUGCAGCGUGGACGCACUUCGCUUCUACCUAUGGAUUAAACGGUUGAAGGAUCUGGAGAAGGAGAAGGACGCUCUGUGGUCUGGUCUGGAGAUUCUGGAGAAGGCUCGGCUCUGGUAUCUCCAGCGGCUGGAGGAGAACAGGGCUUGGCAGGAUAGCAUCGAAAGCAGAAGUGGGUUUGUCUCCAGAAAUGAAGAUGGAGCAGAGGCUCGCUCCUGCCUCCUCGGGUCUCGUAUCCAGCGGGUGAACGGUUCUCUGAGCUCUGUGAUGAGUGAGCCUAACGCCAUGACCAGCAGCAACCCCUCUCUGCUUGAAGCAGUGGCAGACAGUGACCUCCGGUGGCACAACUCAGUACUGACUCAGGAGGUGAAGAACAAGAACUGUCAAAUAUCCUUGUUAGAACAGGAAAAACACGCUCUCCUCAAUCAACUCCAUGCACUGAAGAACUGCUGACUAUAAGCUUACACGUGUAUUACACCCCAAACUUACAUUUAACUGGAUAUCAUACAGUUA